GAGCGUGGGGAGUCGCGUGGCGGAGAGGCUGGGGUGGGAGUUCUACGACGCUGAUGACUUCCACUCGUUGGAGAAUAAAGCCAAGAUGGCAGCAGGCACUCCCCUGUGCGACGCCGACCGCCUGCCGUGGCUGCUCUCCCUGCACGCGCUGCUCUGCCCCUCGCACCCGCUCCCUCUCCCUCGCCCCUCUCCACACUGGGGCUCCCAGACACAUGCUCCCCCACAGCACACCUGUCAAGCCCCUGCUGAUUCAUUCGCGCC